GCCGUCUGCUGCAGUCCCUGGCAGGUGGGAGGACUGUUUAUCUGCCUUCAAGGCUCUGCGAGGCCAGAGAGAGGAGCUGGCGCACAGCCGGAGGCUGGCAGGAGGGUAGCAGACAGUGGGUGCUCCCUGAGGGUGACCUCGCAGGGCCCCCCCAGGAGAGUGAGUCCCGGCCAAGAGCCUCAGGGUCAAACCGCAUGCAGGUCUAGCUUCCAGGAACUGAUGGCCUUGAGCAGGGGGUUGGCGACACUGGGUCAACUCUCCACCCCCCUGGAGCGCUCUCCAGCUUCUGCUGCCCAGUAAUUUUGGGAUGUGUGAGUCAUGGGAAGAAUACAGGAUAAACACACCCUGGAAGGAGGCAGAGGCCACUCCUGUGUUCCCCUGGUUAUGAACAUUUGCUGGGACCUGUGAGGUGGGCAGUGCUCAGCUGUGUCCCCCGGGAGCCCUGGUAAGGGGGCAGAUUUCCAGGAAUUCACCUGCUGCCAGGCACGGAGAGGGGAGAGCCUGGGCCUCCUGGGUCCUGGUUCUGAGCCCGGAUCGUGUUCCCGCGUGGCAUUUGGGCAAGAUGAGGAUCCUCUUACAAGAGACGGAGCCUGGGGCCUGGAUGGAGAACACAUCUGUCAGCUACGACUAUGGGCACUACGACGAGAUCCCGGAUCUCCCCGUGGACUGCGUGGACGGCUCCUGCGUCUCCACGGACCCGCUGAGCGCCGCCCCGUUCCUGCUGUAUGCUGUGGUCUUCCUGGUGGGCGUGCCCGGCAAUGCCACGGUGGCCUGGGUGACCUGGAAAGAGGCCCGCCGGAGGGUGGGUGCCACCUGGUUCCUCCACCUGGCCGUGGCGGAUCUGCUGUGCUGUUUGUCUCUGCCGGUGCUGGCGGUGCCCAUGGCGCGCGGGGGCCACUGGCCGUACGGGGCACUGGGCUGUCGCACCCUGUCCUCGCUCAUCCUGCUGUCCAUGUACGCCAGCGUGCUCCUCCUGGCGGCUCUCAGCGCCGACCUCUGCCUGCUGGCGCUCAGGCCGGGCUGGGGCGCUGCGGGGGGCCGGGCGCGCAGGGUGCAGGUCGCCUGCGCCGUGGCCUGGGCCGUGGCUUUGCUGCUCACUGUACCCUCGGUCAUGUACCACCGGCUGCACCAGGAGCACUUCCCCCAACUGCUGGAGUGCGUGGUGGACUACGGGGGCUCGGCCGUGGUUGAGAGCACCGUGGCGGCCUCCCGCUUUGUGUGCGGCUUCCUGGGGCCACUGGUGGUCGUGGCCAGCUGCCACGGUGCCCUGCUGUGCCGGGCCGCCCCGCACCGCUGGCCCCUGGGCGUGGCGGUCGUGCUGGGCUUUUUUGUCUGCUGGGCCCCCUACCACCUGCUGGGGCUGGUGAUCACUGUGGCGGCCCCGCACUCCAGGCUCCUGGCCCGGGCUCUGCGGGCUGAACCCCUGGUCAUCGGCCUUGCUCUGGCUCACAGCUGUCUCAAUCCCGUGCUCUUCCUGUAUUUCGGGAGGACUCACCUGUGCAAGUCACUGCCAGCCGCCUGCCGCCGGGCCCUGAAAGAGUCACAGAGCAAGGAUGAAAGUGUGGUUGGCAAGAAAUCCACCAGCCAUGACCUAGUCUCAGAGGUGGAGGUGUAGGCCCGAAGGAAACUGGUUUGGGUGCUUCCGCCCUAUUUUGUCAAGCUGGCUUCAGGAAAAGCUGGAUCCAGGGGGCUGGAUGAUCUUUCUUUCUUUGUCCAUUCAACAGACAUUCAUUAUGCACCUGCUACGUGUGAGGCCUUACUGGGUGAGUAGCAGUGGGGGAGUAGCAGUGACCAAAAGGACACAAAUCCUUGUCUCCCGGGGCAGCUGGCAUUCUAGUGGAGGAAGACAGAAAAAGAGCAAAGGAAAAGGGAAUAUGGAGUAUGUCAAGUGGUGGUAACCUAAAGGGGACAGAGAGGACUGAUUAGGGCAGGGGUAUGUGUAAGCUAGGCAAGGCCCAUUGGGUAAGGUGAUAAUUGAGCCAAGGCCUGAAGAAAGGAGGGAGGAAUCAUUCAUAAAUCUGGCGGAAAAGCAUAUACAGGGAGCCGCAAGUACAAAGGUCCUGAGGCACAAUAUGCUGGGCAUAUUUCAGGAAGAAUGGAGAGGCCAGUGUGGAAGAAGCUGCGGGAGCAGGGGAGAGGGACAGUGGGUGAGACAAAGGGAGAGAGGUAGUGAGGGCCGGAUUUGAAAGCCCACCAGGUCAGAGCAAGGGUUUGGAGAUCCACGGCAGGGUUCUGAACUGUUAGCAGAUAAAAUAUACAAUAUCCAAUUAAAUUUAGUUUCAGAUAAACAAUGGGAAAAAGGUAUUUUUGUUUUGUUUUGUUUUUUAGCGGGAGUAUGUCCCAUGCAAUAUUUGAAACUGUAAAAAAUUUAUUUGUUUGGGGCACCUGACUGGCUCAGUCUGUAGAGCUUGUGACUCUUGAUCUCAGGGUUGUGAGUUCGAGCCCCAUGCUGGGUAUGGAAAUUACUUAAAAUCUUUGGGGCUCCUGGGUGGCUCAGUUGGUUAAGUGUCUGACUUUGGCUCAGGUUGUGAUCUCAGGGUCAUGGGAUCAGCCCUGCAUCAGGCUCUGUGCUCAGCAUGGAGUUUGCUUAAGACUCUCUCUGCACCUCCCCAGCACUCACUCUCUCUCUCAAAGUAAUAAUAAAAAUCUUUUAAAAAGUAAAAUCCUUAAAAAUUUUUUAAAAAUAAAAAUCAUUCAUCGUUUAUCAAAAAUUCAAAUUUAAGGGAACAGUCUGUACAUUUUUUUUCUAAAUUGGGCAACCCUAUUUAUGUGCACAGAAGUGUCUUGAUCUGACUUAGAUUUUAAUAGGAUCCCUCUAGUCACUGGGAGACUAGACCAGGGGGGAGAGAGGAGGGACAUGAGGAGCAAGUGCUUUAGCAAAGAGACUACUGCCAUGAUCCCAGCAAGAAGUGACGGUGACUUGGGUCAGGGUGAUAGCAGAGGUGGUGAGAAGGUGACAGGUUAUGGAUCUAUUUCGACAGAAAGGCUAUAUCCUAGCUCCUUGGCUUGGUAUUCGAGGCUUCUCUCUGCCACUGGACACGUUUAUGCUCUAGCUGCUCAGACUGAUGUAGCAGACAGAGUAAUGGCCCCUAAUGAGGCCCACAUCCUAAUCCCCUGGACCUGGGAAUAUGUGAUUUAUGUGGCAAAGGGAACUUUGCCAUUGUGAUUGAGGAUCUUGAGGUGGGAAGAGGAUCCUAGAUUAUCCGGGUGGGCCCAAGGCAAUUGCGAGGGUCCUUAUAAGAGGGAGACGGGAGGAUCAGGGUCAGUAGCAGAGAUGUGACAGCAGAAGCAGAUGUCAGAGUGAUGGAAGAAAGGGGUCACUGACUAAGGAAUGCAGCCCCAGCAGGGGCUUGCCGACACUUUGAUUUUAGGCUUCUGACCUCCAAAACUUGUACAGAAUAAAUCUGUACUAUUUUAAGUCACUGAGUGUGUGAUAACUUGUUACAGCAGUCACAGGAGACUAAUACAGGAGACUACAGGGACUACUACUCCCAUACAGGAGACUAAUCCUCUGGGUUGUAUUAUUUUCAUGCCCCUGGGCCUUUGCUCAAGCUGGUCCCACUGCCUGGAAUGCCCUCCGGAUCUAUGCUGUCCAUUCUGAUAAUCACUAGGUGUCUGUGCCUAUUCAGAUUCAAAUGAAUGCAAAUUAAAAAUCGAGUACCUGGAACACCUGGGUGGCUCAAUGGUUGAGCAACUGCCUUUAGCUCAGGGCAUGAUCCCAGGAUCCUGGGAUCAAGUUCUGCAUCAGGGUCCCCGCAGGGAGCCUGCUUCUCUCUCUGCCUGUGUCUCUGUCUCAGUCUCUCUCAUGAAAAAUAAAUAAAAUCUAAAACUGAGUUCCCCAGUUGCACCAGUUGCUAGUUGGAAGCUCAUUAGCCCCGUGUUAGUUCCUGCCGGGCAGUGCAGAUAUGGGGCCUUUCCAUCACCGCAGAGAGUUUUACUAGACAGGACUGCUCGAGAAUCCCACCCGCUCACAUCUCUGAAGUCACAGAAUCAUUACUCCAGCACAGCAUCCUACACAUAGUUUCUCCUUUAAGUAAUUCCUAUAGCAACACAGGGAAGGAAGGGGAGAUGUCUUAUUUUAUAAGACGAGGCCCAGGGAAGGGAGGUCAUUUUUCCAAGAUCACACAGCAAGGAAGUUGUAGAACUGGGAUUUGAUCUCAUGUUCCCUGACUCCAGUGUCCAUCCUCUCAUCUCUGAAAUUUUCCUCCAAUGCCUUGCUCAAAUGACACUUUCUCCAGGGAAUCUUCUCUGAUUCAUCCCCCUCCGAGGGAGGGAGUAGUCUUCUCCUCUCUGGGUAGAGUUUCUGGAAUACAAGUUCCCAGGUAAGCUGUAAAUUCCUCAAGGGCAACAGCUGAGUUAUUUUUAUUUCUUCUCCCAUCAUCCCAGGCCUUAGAAACACCAAAACUGUCUUUAUUUGUCUACACCCUGUUUUCCAGCUACACUGUGAGCUCCCCAGUG